UGGAAAUCAAAGGCCACAAGAAUUUUUCAUUGUAAAAUCUUGUAUCGUACCGACUGAACGUUUAAAUGUGUUAGUGCCUCUCAGGUGAAUUUCACGCUACAGGCGCGUGUUUUUCAGUUACGUACAGUGAACUUUGCGGUCACCUUUGCGUGUUGAAACUCCCAAGUUGGGUGAUCAAACGAUUUUUGUGUAUUUCCUCAUUUGAUAAGUGGAGAAUUACGUCGUGUUUUAGCUGGAAUUCUUGACUCACCACUUUGUGAUUUAAAUAGUUGCCUGGUGCUGAAAUAAGCAUGGGAGAACCACUCACCAAUGGUCAUCAGAAAGAAGAAAGCUUACCAGCUGGCAUCGUAGUGGAAGAAGUAGAGAUCCCGGUACCAUGGGGCCACGUGGCUGGCCGAUGGUGGGGGCCUCGGGACAAGCAGCCCAUCAUCGCCAUACACGGCUGGCAAGACAACGCAGGCACCUGGGACAACCUCAUACCCCAACUGCCAGUCACCACCUCAGUUCUCUGCAUAGAUCUCCCUGGACAUGGCCUCUCCUCACACUACCCAACGGGUAUGCUCUAUUACAUAUUCUGGGACGGCGUUGUGCUCCUCAGAAGAAUCAUCAAACAUUUCAAAUGGACUGAAAAUGUUACCCUGAUGGGACAUUCCCUGGGAGGUGCCUUGAGCUUUAUGUACGCGGCAUCGUAUCCGGACGAAGUGGACAGGAUAAUAUGCAUCGAUAUAGCAAGCCCUGCUGUCAGGGAUCCCGCUAAUAUGGUGGAGAAGACUGGAUGGAGUAUGGAUAAGCUGUUGGAGUAUGAACACUUGACAGAGGACAAAAUACCGUCGUAUGAUUACGAUGAGAUGAUUGACAUCGUUUGCGACGCGUACCGAGGUUCCGUUUCGAAGGAGAACUGCAAAGUUUUGAUGAAGAGAGGCAUGGCCCCCACUCCCGCUCAUAUCAAGAAGAAAGGGUACUAUUUCAAGAGGGACCCACGACUAAAAGUUUCUGGACUGGCCAUGAUGUCGAUCGAGACCGCUUUGGAGUACGCCAGUCAUGUAAAAUGUAAAGUCCUGAAUAUAAGAGCUCUUCCAGGACAGAAAUGGGAGAGACUGGACUAUUAUCUAGACGUUAUUGAGAAAAUGAAGCAAACUGCUGAUGUCCAGUUUGUGGAAGUGGAGGGAACACAUCACGUGCAUUUAGAAGCUCCAGAAAAUAUACUUCAACUUGUAGAAGACUUCUUAGAAGAAUAUUAACUGCAUUAUUUAGUGCUAAUUUGCAAAUGUGAUAUGUAAUGUGAUUGAAGUACGGUCGGUACUUUCUUUUUAAGAGUAGUUUGCAAUUGCAAUAACAAAUAAUUGUUUGUAAGCUUGCUAGGACACUAGAUUUUUGUGAAAUCAAAUUUCACGUAAUUGUUGAACAAAACACUGUUAAAUUACUGAACAUAAUCAAUCAUGGCUAUAUUAGUUUCACAGUUUUUUGUGGUUUUUACAGUUUUAAGAUGAUCAAAAUGCAUUGACUUAUUCUUAUGUGUUAAGAAACAAACAAUGUAGUCGCCCUUUGGACCGUUUUAUGAGUAACCACUUAUGUUAUGGCUUUAGCAUUAUAGUUUUAUAGGUAUCUACACGUUAAUGACUUUGUCGUACAAGAAAAACAAUCGUUUUACUGUUUGGCAACUUGGAUAAUUAUUAUUGUCAUGUCGUCGCCAUCAAGUCGCGUUUUACUAGGCAAUGGGUAUGUAUCCCAUGAAUUCCCAUGGUUCUGAGUCGAUACAUUUAACUACGCAUUGUAAUAGCUGGUUUACACUAUGUCGGAUCGUCAAUUUUAUCGAUACAAUGAAUGUUGCAUUUGUAUAAUUUAUACCUAAUUAGGUAUCUAUAGCAUUGUUCCCAGACAGCGGCCCGACAAAACUGUCUGCAACGACAUAUUAUCGGUCGCCCGACCAUGAUAACGGUCGGGUCAAUUGCUUCUUCGGGACGAUCCAGUAUUUUUGAACAAAAUCAUCUACUCGGACACGUUUGAACAAAAUC